AUGCGUUCCAAAUUCUUCGACAACGUUCUGGUCAUCGUCCACACCAAUUUGAUUGAGAAAAUAGACGCCAAGGGUCUUGCGGUUAUUAUGGUUGGCGUUGGAAUGGUUAAUGCCACGGCCACGUGGAUGUACCUAUCGUCGGAAUUGCUUAGUGCCACUAAUGACACCAGUCUUAGGCAAGUAUCAAAAGAUUGUACAAAUAAGUAUGCUUUCGCCGGGCAUGCACUCCAAGCUUUGGUUCAAGAUUUGGCUGUGGAAGGCUAUGAUUAUCCGAAUGUGUGUCGGAAUGCGUUUAGGAGGUAUCCAGGAAUGGCUGCAUUAAGGAGGUAUCCAGGAAUGGCGUAUCCGCCGGAGAUUGGUCGGAGAAAGGAUGGGUUGAAGCGGAUUUGUGAUGUAAUUUUGGAGAUUAUUGAUGCUAUUAGCAAUAAUUGGUAACUAGCUAGCUAGUAUGUACUUUUUAA